GAUAUGUUGUCAUUGAUGUGUGAUAGAAGUUGAUAUGUUGUCAUUGAUGUGUCUUUUCUUUGAUAUGUUGUCAUGAAGUGUUUGAAGUUGAUAUGUUGUCAUUGAUAUGUCUUUUCUUUGAAAUGUUGUCACUUUCAUUUUUCAUCUAUAAAUAACAUAUCAUACUUCAAGAAACAUACAUCUUCUUCAUUUGUGUUAUAGAUGACUUCAAAUCAACGAAGUUCUUCAUACACAAAUGCUGAAGACUCACACCUCUGCCAUGUAUAUCUUGACAUUUCCCAAAAUCCGAUCAUAGGUAUAAACCAAUCUAAGGAUCAAUUUUGGUCUCGAGUUGAGAGUGAUUAUCAUAGCUCAAUGCCUGCUUUUAUCACUCAAGUUCGACCCAGAAGAUCUUUGCAAUGUCGAAUGCAAACUCUGUUAACUGCAAUUGGCAAGAUGAGGGGAUGUGUAAGACAGGUUGAAAAUUUAAAUCCAAGCGGUGCUUCUGAACAAGAUAUUUUCAAUCGGGCUAAAGUGUUGUUUGCUCAGGAUAAGAAUUAUAAGAAGGGAUUCAAAUUCGAUCAUGUAUGGCCCAUCUUGAAAGAUAUCGAAAAAUUUGCAGAUGUUAAUGCUGGAAUUCAAGUGGGACGUAUGCAACAUGGUAACUUUGCAUCAUCACAAUCAGAGUACUCUCCCACUUCAGAGUCUCCCACACCAGCAUCUCCUAGAUUGGCUUCAUUCGGUUUUAAUAUGAAUGACAAUGAUUUUGGUGGUACUUCUGAAAGACCUAUAGGGGUACGGAAAGCAAAAUUUAAAAAGAGAAAUGAUGAAGAAAGUUCUAAGUUUAUGGAGUAUAUGAAAGAAGAGAAUCAAAAAAUGCUUGCAAUUAUGGAAAGUUUAUGGAGUAUAUGA